UCUCUUUCAUCUUUUGACCCAUUAAUGCAAAUGCAAUGCCCCCUUAGCUUCUCCCUUCUCAUCAUCUCCUUAAUUCAUUCCUCGUAUAAAUUCUCUCUCCCCCUCUCUGCGAUUUCCAAUCUUAAUGAUUCUUAUAAUUCAUACAUGUAUAUAUGUCAACAUAAAACCUAGCUAAUCAAUUACAAGGUGUUUCACCGAUAUGAUGAUCAUAUUUGUUCAACAAUUCCUCAACCGUUUCUCAAUAAUCCUCUCUCUCGUCCUCUAUCUUCUCCACCGCCUCAGAAAAGCCGCCGCCGUUCACAUGUCGUCUGCGGCCGCCAUCUCCUCGCCGUCUCCGUCUCCGAUGCCGCCAUCUUCUCCUUCUCCUUCUUCUUCUUCUUCCCUCCGCUGCAAGACGACGGCUUCCAAGCACGGAGGCGGCGGCGGCGUUCGGGAGAUUAAUAAUGGCGGUUCGUUUUUGGCCUCCCGGCAGGCGGCGGCGAUCUCCAGAAAACGGCCGGCGCUGCUACAAGUGCCGGUGUACUCGCCGGAAUCGGAUUUCGCCGUGCUCGCGAGGAAUAGGUUUGGGGAUAAUAAUAAUAGAUCGGAGAUGGAAGUUGAAGGAAGAGAUUAUUUCGUGGCCAGCAAGAAAGGAAGGAGGGAGGUCAUGGAAGAUGGGCAUAGCGUCAUACUUGACAUCUUAGGUGAUUCCAAACAAGCGUUUUUCGUGGUGAUAGACGGGCACGGGGGCCGAAAUGCGGUGGAUUAUGUAGCUGAAAAUCUAGGAAAGAACAUAGUGAAUUCAUUGGAAGAUGGGAAUAAUAAGGUUUCAUCAUCAUCAUCUGGGAACUACAUAGAAGAUGCCUUACGCCAAGGUUACUCCGAAACAGACAAGCAAUUUCUCGUCCAGGGUAAGGAUGGGGGAGCAUGCGCAGCAAGUGUGCUAAUAAAGGAUGGAGAAAUGCACGUAGCAAACGUGGGUGAUUGCGGAGUGGUUUUGAGCAGGAAAAGUGUUGCGGUCUCGCUCACGAGCGAUCAUCGUCCUGCUAGCAGGGAAGAUGAACGGGCUAGGAUUGAAAAAUCAGGUGGGAUGCUGUAUUGUCAGAAUGGGGUUUUGAGAGUGAAUGGAUCCCUGGCAGUGUCUAGGGCAUUUGGAGACCAUCACUUGAAAGAAUUGAUCAUUUCUGAGCCUGACAUUCUCAAGCUCCCUUUGACAUCAGAUUGUCAAUUCCUCAUUUUGGCUUCUGAUGGAUUGUGGGAUAAGGUAAGCAAUCAAGAGGCUGUUGAUGUGGUAUUGAGUGAGAACAACUCAAUGAAGUCAUGCAAGAAGCUUGUAGAUUUGUCUUCAAAGAGGGGCAGCCUUGAUGAUGUAACAGUCAUGGUCAUCAACCUUCAAAAUUUCUUCAUCAGUACCAGUACAUAGCAACAAGUAAUACUAUUCAUACAUUGGGGCUUGGAGUUAUAAUCUAACACAAUUACUCAUUAAUAAAUUUAACUCCACCUCCAAUAUAUAUAUAUAUAUAUAUAUAUAUAUAGAUUUACAAUCACAUGAGACAACAUCUCUCCGUGAGACUGUGAGACACAAAGUGAAUACUCACAGUCUACUACACGAAUGCAUACAAAUUAGAUUGUGUGCAAUUGCCUAACAUGAAUGCACACAAUCUAGUUCGUAUGUAUUCAUAAAGUAGACUGUAUGCAUUCAUGUACGUUGUGUCUCACAGUCUUCCGGGAAGAUGGUGUCUCAUUUGAACAUUAGUCUAUAUAUAUACAAGCUUUUCGCGUCAAGUACGCGGAAUCGAGAGAAUAUACAUAUUAUUGGAAUUUAAACCCUUUUUUCUUCCUUGUACGUGUACCAUACGUACAUAUAUAGCUUGAUCCAUCUGGGCGAUGUGGAUUAUAUUGUGAGUACAGAUUGAGGUUCAUAUUGCCAAGAUGUGAGGAUUACAAUUACCCAUUAAGUGCAAGGAAGUUAGUAUUGACUACACACUUUUUCUUUAUAUAUAUAGUUUCUCCCAUAUGUAAUUGUAUUCAACUUGCCAAAAAUAAUAAAAAUCCGUGUUUAUCUCGAGAAUAUUGAACAA